UCAAAAUGAAGGCAACUAUAAAGCCCUUUCCCGUAGGCUGUUUGCUGACACUCUGUCUUGUUGCCGUUUCGCAGGUAACUGGCCAGUUACUUGCCGGCAAAUGCAACAGUGUGUUCAGUUCGGCAACAAAAAAGAAAUUUUGCGAUGCAACGAAGUACCAAAUCAUUGCGGGAGCUGAUAUGGACAAAAUGUUAGACUGCGUCUUGAAGGCCGUUAAAGUGGUCGAUCAAACCGGUAUGGGCGAAUACCACGCGCUGUACGAUCCGAUGAACAAAAUCAAGCGAGACCCGAAACACGAUUAUAUUUUGGAAAUGUGCAUUGGAGGUAGCCACAACAUGGAACCCCCAACUAAGCGGGCUCACGAGUUCUACAAGUGCAUGAUGGAAAGUGAUUCAAAGGAAGCGUUCAAGAAAGCGCUCAAUGAGAAAGUAUGUAAAAAAUGAUUUAUUCAAGGUUAACACAGACUAAUAAAAGUGUUUACAGGAC